AUGAAUAUAAAAAAGGUUUUUUUCGUGGCGGUGGUCUUGAAUUAUUUGGUGCCCUCCUGGCAAUGGAAUGACGGCUACAUCUACAAAUUUUUGGCCACUUACUUUCCUGCGUUUCAAUCCCAGGAUACCGUGUGGUUCCUCAGCGAGCGUCUGACAACUCAGCACACUGAGGCUUUGGAUGGAUUCAUAAAACGCACAAACGACAUGGCAAAAAUUACCCAGUACGUCUUUACAAACCGCAGUGAUUUGCGUAUGACCAACAUGGAUUCCAAGCGUAACUGCAUGGCUAUGGUUUUUACCACGGGCUCCACAGAUCCCAUAAUGCAUGUCCACAACCGCAUGCUGACUCGUCGCCAUAUAGGCCUAUCGAUAGUGAUUUAUGUCGAUAAGGUCUUAGAUCUGAAGCGCAUUGAUGAGGUCUGUCAUGUGCUGUACAAGGGAAGCUUCUACAACAGCAUUGUGUUCUUUGAGACUGUCGGGGGAAUUAAUCAGAUCUUUGGUUAUAGACAAUUUCCAAGUUUCAGAACAGAGAAUCGCACUGAUUUCCAGACAUACAUAAGGGCGCAGUAUGCCAGGACCAUGUCCGCCUCCCAGGAUGUGCAGGGCUAUAGGUUUUAUACACCUCUACGCCAGGACAUGCCUCAUGUUAUAAGGUACCGUGAUAGCCAAGGCGAGGACCAGAUACAUGGUACCACUUACCGCAUUCUAAAAGAGUUUGUAGACUCUUUAAAUGGCACCAUGGUAGAGUACAUUAUGCCUCCAGAUAAGUUUGGUGGAGAGGCGGUAAAUAUGAAGGCCAUGCUGGAGUUGGUGCGCGGCAGACAAUUGGAUGUGGUGGCCCAUGCCUACGCGCUGUAUGAUGCCGACGAUGAUUUGGAUAAAAGUUAUCCCAUUAUGGUGGUCAAAUGGUGUCUUAUGGUUCCUGUGCGGAAUAGCAUUUCAACAUUUUUAUAUCCCCUGCAACCUUUCGACUGGAAAGUUUGGCUCUGUGUCCUUGUGUCCUUUGUGUCACUCUGUGUUGUUGACUUGUUUCGUCUUCUUUGGCAGACUAAGGUUUUCGGCCAGCGUCAUAAAUUCUUUGCACUCCUGAGUAAUGUCUGGUUGGAUGAUUUCUGCCACAUUAUCUACUUGGCAACUGCCAGCCCAAUACAAACCACUUCUUGGAUUCGCCUGCUCAUCUAUUUGGAAAUUUUUUUCUUUGGAUUUUUUCUAUCGGCCAAUUAUACCUCAUUUUUGGGUAGUUUUCUUACAGUGACUUUGUUUCGGGCUCAAAUAAAUUCGAUGGAUGACAUCAUAAGGGCCCAACUUCCUGUCAUGGUGGUGGAUUAUGAAUUGGAAUUUCUCCAUUCCCAGGGCUAUGAGUUGCCGCGAAACUUUUCCCAGCUUCUAAGGUCUGUGGACACGGCCACCUUUACCCAACAUCAGCAGAAAUUUAACACCAGCUAUGCCUAUUUUACUACCGAGGACACGUGGCAUUUUCUGAACGAAGCGCAAAAGCAUUUGAAGCAGGCGGUUUUUAAAUACUCCGACAUAUGUUUUGGCUCCUAUCAUUUGGCCUACCCCAUACAAACGGAUUCGGCUGUAUGGCGCGACUUGGAGUAUUUUACAUUUCGCAUUCAUUCGAAUGGUUUGCUACAAACGUAUGAACAGGAUGCCUUCCAAUAUGCCCUAUCGAGUAAGCAUUUGCAACGUUUAAUGGAAACGCAUGAUUAUACAUCGGCUGGUUUGGAGCAUUUGGUUUUGAUCUUCAUUAUAUUAGGUGCCAUGUGUGGAUUGAGUAGCAUAUGUUUGCUAAUAGAAUUGUUGUUGUACAAAUGUAGAGGCAACCGCUCGAGAAUUUAA